UGUUGACACAGUGUAAGUGCUGACACUAUCGAAUUCAAAACGGAAAUUUAAAAAUUAUAUCCAGCCACGCUAUAAAACAUUAAUUUGCAUUGCAUAUAUUGAGCCAUCAAGAGCAGGGAAUUAGAAAUAAAUACUUUUAGAGAAAUGUCGUGCUUGUGUCAGUACUUUGUGACAUCGAAAAAUCGCAAGCCAACCGAUCCCAGCACGGACGGCAGUGAUGUCUCGCUGUUCACACCAAAUACGCUCGCACUCGCCGUGGCCAAGGCAGAGGCAAAACAGGAAGCCAAUAAAUUAAAUGAAGAAAUCUCCGCCACGGAGUUGGCGGCAGCCAAAGCGGAAAUAUGGGUGCUCAAGAAGAAUCUGAACGAGGCGCAAAUAUCAAUUGAGAAUUUAGAGAAUCUUGUGCGCACCAUUAUACUCAAACAGAAUGAGCUGCUCGGCGAGAUGUACGAAUUGAAAAAUCAGAAUUACGAGUUGCAAGAUGAAUGCCGCAUGCAACGGGACUAUCAGAUGAUGGAACGAAAUGCCAUGAUGCGUGAGAUGCAAGAGAUCAAAACACUGCUGGGCGAUCGCACACGCAUACUGAUCCUUCAACAGGAGGAUACCGUCACACGCAAUUCAGAGUUGACGUCCGCCUUACAAGAUGCCAACGAGAAAAUCUAUAUGAUGGGCAUGAAGUUUUUGAAGUUGAAAGCAUCGCGUUCAAAACACGUGCAUGCGUCCAAUACCACGUCGGGUAGUAAUACCGAACGUUCGAAUUCGGGUUGAAUAUUGAUUUUUUCCUAAAUGAAUGUAUGCAAUAAUACUGUACAACGAUUCGCGUGAAAUUUUUCGUAUUUAUAUAAAUAUUUAUUUUACUACAACUGUACAUUCACAUCACGUCUUCUAGAAAAGGAUGGAAGAAGGGAUGUUAAAUUUGGGAAUAAAACGAACUCUUUAUUCGUAAAUUCAA